ACUACAAUUGCAUUUAUUAUAUACAUACACUACUGUUAGAUAGUGUGGAUAGUACAUGUAGUGAGCCCCGUUAUUAGUGAAACACUGACACAAAAGAGUUAACAAAAUUUUGUCCAUAAAAAAAUUUACAUUUUUUAAUCAUCAACAAUAAUCAUUAUUUUGCUGUAAAAUUAUCAAUUACUUUUGGACUCUUUGACGCAUUUGCAACGACGUGGAAUAAAAACCCAUGCAAAUAUUGUUAUCAAAAAAAAAAGUAUAUUUUGUGAACGAGGACAAAUUGUUAUGCGGUAGUAAACAUCGACAGAAAAAUCCAGUAGCAGCUAGUUGAAAAAAAAAGGAAACUAAUAAUUGUUACACUUGAUAAAAGCCAAAGUGAAAUGAGUCAUCGUGGAUCAGGUGGUGGUAGUGGAAGUGGUGGAAGUGGAAGUGGUAGCAGUCAUCAGGGUAAUCCACCAGGUCUAAAACAAAUUGAUUUAGAUCAAAUAUGGGGUGAUUUACGUGAAGGUAUUGAGCAAGUAUACAAUCGUCAGUGUAUGUCAAAACCACGUUAUAUUGAAUUGUACACCCACGUGUAUAAUUAUUGUACAUCAGUACAUCAACAAGUAAAUCGUACAUCAAAAACAAGUAAAAAAGGACAAAUAUCUGGUGGUGCACAGCUUGUUGGUUUAGAGCUUUAUAAACGUCUACGUGAAUAUCUUCGUAAUUAUUUGAUAAGUCUAUUAAAACAUGGUGUUGAUCUUAUGGAUGAAGAUGUACUACAAUUUUACACAAGACAAUGGGAAGAAUAUCAAUUUAGUUCAAAGGUACUAAAUGGUGUUUGUGCAUAUCUUAAUCGUCAUUGGGUUAGACGUGAAUGUGAAGAAGGACGUAAAGGAAUUUAUGAAAUUUAUCAACUUGCAUUAGUAACAUGGCGUGAUAAUUUAUUUAAACAUCUUAAUCGUCAAGUUACAAAUGCUGUUCUUAAACUUAUUGAACGUGAACGUUUAGGUGAAACAGUUAAUACACGUCUUGUUAGUGGUGUUAUUAAUUGUUAUGUUGAACUUGGUCUUAAUGAAGAAGAUCCAACAGCACGUGGACAAAAUUUAUCUGUUUAUAAAGAAUCAUUUGAAAAUGUAUUUCUUGAAGAUACUGAUCGUUUUUAUAUACGUGAAAGUUCUGAAUUUUUACUUCAAAAUCCAGUAACUGAAUAUAUGAAAAAAACUGAACAAAGAUUACUUGAAGAACAAAAACGUGUACAAGUUUAUUUACAUCAAACAACAAAUGAUCGUUUAGCUAAAACAUGUGAACGUGUUCUUAUUGAAAAACAUCUUGAUAUAUUUCAUUCUGAAUUUCAAAAUUUACUUGAUGCAGAUAAAAAUCAAGAUCUUGGUAGAAUGUUUCAGCUUGUUGCUAAAAUAAAUAAUGGUCUUGGUGAAUUACGAGUUUUACUUGAAGGACAUAUUGCAAAUCAAGGUGUUGUUGCAAUUGAUAAAUGUGGUGAUUCAGCAAUAAAUGAUCCAAAAGUUUAUGUUAAUACAAUACUUGAAGUACAUAAAAAAUAUCAUGCACUUGUAUUAAUUGCAUUUAAUAAUGAUGUUGGUUUUGUUGCUGCACUUGAUAAAGCAUGUGGACGUUUUAUAAAUAGUAAUUCAGUUACAAAAGCAGCAAAUAGCAGUAGUAAAUCACCUGAAUUAUUGGCAAAAUAUUGUGAUGUAUUACUUAAAAAAUCAAGUAAAAAUCCAGAAGAAGCAGAACUUGAGGAUACCCUAAAUCAAGUUAUGGUUGUAUUUAAAUACAUUGAAGAUAAAGAUGUAUUUCAAAAAUUCUACAGUAAAAUGUUGGCAAAACGUCUUGUACAACAUAUGUCUGCUAGUGAUGAUGCUGAAGCAUCAAUGAUAUCAAAAUUAAAACAAGCAUGUGGUUUUGAAUAUACAUCAAAACUUCAACGAAUGUUCCAAGAUAUUGGUGUAUCAAAAGAUCUCAAUGAAGCAUUUAGAAAGCAUUUAACAAAUUCAGCUGAACCACUUGAUAUUGAUUUUAGUAUACAAGUAUUGUCAUCUGGUUCAUGGCCAUUUCAACAAUCAUUUACAUUUUCAUUGCCAACUGAACUUGAAAGAUCUGUACAUCGUUUUACAAGUUUUUACAGUGCUCAACACAGUGGAAGAAAACUCAAUUGGCUAUAUAAUAUGUCAAAGGGUGAAUUACAUACAAAUUGCUUUAAAAAUCGUUAUACACUUCAAGCAUCAACAUUUCAAAUGGCUGUAUUAUUACAAUAUAAUUUAUCAACAUCAUGGACUGUUCAACAACUUCAUGAAUCAACACAAAUUAAAAUGGAUUAUUUGAUUCAAGUACUACAAAUAUUAUUGAAAGCUAAACUUUUAACUGCACCAACUGAAGAAGAUGCUGAACUUGCACCAACUGCCACUGUUGAACUAUUCACUGCUUACAAAAAUAAAAAAUUAAGAGUCAACAUUAACAUACCCAUGAAAACAGAAUUAAAAGUAGAACAAGAAAUAACACAUAAGCACAUUGAGGAAGAUAGAAAAUUGCUUAUUCAAGCAGCAAUUGUUAGAAUCAUGAAAAUGAGAAAAAUGUUGAAACAUCAACAGCUUGUUGCUGAAGUUUUAAAUCAACUCAGUUCACGAUUCAAGCCUCGUGUUCACAUUAUCAAAAAAUGUAUAGACAUUUUAAUUGAAAAAGAGUAUCUUGAACGUACAGAAGGCCAGAAAGAUACAUACAGCUAUUUGGCAUGAUUUCACAUUUAUCAACAAGAGCUUGUUACAAACAACAACGUAAACAGUGAGUCAACAAUUAUAAAUUUCAUCAUAAUAUGUUUCAAGCAUUGGAACAAUAACAACCAAUUGAUCAACCAACAUGUCGUCAUAUUUAUUUAUCUCAUCGGCGAUUGGCUGAUAAAUAAAAAUUUUCCUCUCUUCAUUUCGAUCUAUCUUUAUCAACCAUCGUAUUUUUUUUUUUUGCACACAACUGGCAGCGUGAGCUAUACCUUCUUUCUUUUUUUUUUUUCUUUUUUUUCUAUUUUCCCUGUGAAAAAAAGUAGG